UCUCUGGUCUCACUCUGCCGUAAAAUUACAACAGAAACAGAGCGGCGUUCUAAGUUUUCUGUGCAUUUUAAAAUAAUUAGAGGAAAAUGGGCGAACGCUACAAUAUCCACAGCCAGCUGGAGCAUCUGCAGAGCAAGUACAUAGGAACAGGACAUGCAGAUACCACCAAAUUCGAGUGGUUAACAAAUCAGCAUCGAGACUCUUUAGCCAGCUAUAUGGGACACUACGAUAUUCUCAACUACUUUGCCAUAGCUGAAAACGAGUCUAAGGCGCGUGUCCGCUUCAAUCUCAUGGAAAGGAUGCUGCAACCAUGUGGGCCACCCCCAGAAAAACUAGAAGAUUAAGCAAUUUAACUGAAAACAAUAAAAUGAAGGAAAAACUA